UUGUCACCGUGUCAAUAAAGUUGAAAAUUGGUAUAAAAAACUAAUUAGUAGGUAUGGAAAGAUAAAUCAGUGUUCUUUAGAUAAUUUGGCUAGGUAUAAUGUAUAUCGUGGCUAUUUGCUAUUUAUUUUAUCUUAAGCCGGUCGUUUGAUAAAUGAAAACAUGGCGGAAGAAGACCAAGUCAUGGAUGCGUCCAACGGUGGCUUCGGAGCCAUGAUAACUCAGAAAAUAGUGGAAAGCGUCAAAAACAUGGACAUAGCAGCCGUUCUACAGAAAAUGGCAGAAUCAUCGACUGACGACGAAGAAGCAGCUGAUGCACAAAGCAAAAUCAAGAGCAUUCUAGAAAAAUACCACUCUAUGGGAGCAGAAGAAAAGGAACAGUUCACCAGUCAAAUCAAAAAUGUCCUCAUGAGCAAAAUGAGUGAGAGAAUGAAAGAUAGACUGAGUGGUUUGGAUGAGACGAUUCAAGAGGCGAUCAUUAAUAAGCUGAUUUUGGUCGGUGUGGGUGGUUUAGUACUGGUUAUACUUGUUGUUUUCUUCGGCUACAAGCUCUACAAGUCGAUAAAAGAGAAGGAAAACAAGAAAGAAGAGAAGAAGAAGCUGAAACAAAUGAAGAAGAAGAAAUGACGCGACCGCCGCCGCUACGGGUACUGUGUAAAGAUACAGACCAACUGGGUAUUCUAAAAAAUACAGAUUAUUUAGUUAAUUUCUUUAAAUAGUUUUUUUUUUGUUUUUUUUUUACAUUAAAUCCCGGUUUUGCCAUAUUUGGGUAGAUCAUAACAAGUGAUUAUUUCAUCAAUUAUAGGUACGUUAUCUUCAUAUUAAAUUAUUGACAGAUGUGUCAAAAGUCAACAACUAAUCCCUGGUUAUGAGCUAACCUCGUAUGAUGAAACUGGGGCAUAGGUACUUAAUUUUUAGAAAGGUUUGUUAAGUUAACCUAACCUUCGAUUUAUUUAUCUAUAAUUGUAAUAAUUUAAAAUUCAAACCAAUUUUCUAGCCAAAUGGACUAUCGUAUAGAAUACCUACUUGUUUAAAUAUAGGUAUUCUGAUUGUAGUUACAUAUCAGUUUCUUUAGAUCGAUUAAUUUUGUGUCGCCUUUUAGUUUUUUUUUUACAUUUAUCUAAUUAUUAUUUAAUGAAUUACCCAUUGGUUGGUCUGUAACGUACAGAGUAAUCAAACCUUAGCAAAUAACGACCUACGCAUAAAAUGUGGAUUAAAGAUUGUUGUGCCAAAAAAUAUUUCACAGUUUAAAUCAAAUCAAAUUGGUUUGGUAAAAAUAUAUGAAAAAAAAAGUUAGUGAAACUAGUUAGAUGUUUUAAAACUGAAUGUUUUCUACCUACUUAUACAGCCUAUACUAUCGCCAAACUAGUAGUUACAUUAUUAUAUUAUUAUGUCAUUCUGAAACAAAUUUUAUAAAUAGGCACUAAACCUAAUACUAACUUAGGUAAUAUACCUACAACAUACUUAUGUAAAAACCCUUUUUUAGCAAAUAUUUUCUUUCUCCAAUUUACAGGAGGUACUUUUAAAGAGCAUUUAAUCUAAAUGGACUGAGAUGUAUGUUUGAGAUAAUUUAUUAAUAGUUUUAAAGUUCUAAAUGUGAAUCCGGUGUUAGCAUGGAAAUGUUAUUAUAUUCUAAAAGGUCAGGGGGCGUAUCUAAACUAGAAGUCAUGCAUCUUGAAAAUACACUUUUUGGUACCUAUGUGUUAAAACCGGCGUCUAUUUCCUGAUGCCGUUACACGGGUUCGUUAUCGACGUAGAUAAACGCCACUAUAUCGCGAUUCGCCAAAAAUACGGAGCUGUUAUCGGUAUCGCGCCUUGAAAAGUUUCUUGACGUCGAUAACGAACCCGUGUAGCGGCUUCAGGGACGGUGAAUUCUGAAAUUAAAGCAAAAUGGUGGGAAAGAUACAUGAUUUCUAGUGUAAGAGCAGUAUAUUUCUCUGAUGUCCAUGUUUCACUGCCUGACCCUAAAUAUACCUACCUAUACGUUUCUCAAUAGUAGAGCAGUUAAAUGUCGUUAAAAACUAUAUUUUUAAAUUAUUAAUUAAUGAGGUGUCUACUUGCAUGAAUUUGUAAGGUACUUAUGUGUCUAUUACCUACUAUAUUUUGUGUAAGUACUUAUUUAUAUUUUUAUGAUAACCUAAAUGCAUUCCUUUAGAUUUACCUAUGACAUGACAUGACUGUAUUGAAUUUAUUUUUCGUCGUUUUAUUAUAAUAAAAUGUUACUUUUUACACGUGGUUCUAUGUAAAAA